AUGGAUAGGUUAGAUGAGUUGUGCCGACACCCUGAAUACAGGAACUAUGUCUGUUGUUAUCACGGACUUAAAUAUGCUGGAGAUAAACUUGAAGUUUACACGAGGAAUGGUCUUAAAUCAAUACAUAAAACGGUGUACAGUAAGCUAGCUGGUAAACAAGCUUGUACCCAGAGAUGCAGCGAGGUUUAUCCACGAGAAAUAUCGAGUUGGUGUGAAACGUGCCGUGCAUGGCGAAAAUACCUGUCCAAUGCCAGUAAUCUGCAAAAUAUUUACUUAGACAAAAUGAUGUCAUGGAACUGGCCAACUUCAUAUGAAAGUAUUGCACCAUACUUCUUGCCACACUCUUGGGCAAAUCAAGAUUUUCAAGACAUUUCAACAUCGUGUCAUAUUUGGGACAAUUGCAAAAACACAUUCAAGAUUCGUCAGCAUGUCUUAAACAAUUUAAGAGAAUGUAGAAAUACCUUUGUCGCACAUAAUCCAAGAUUAAGGGUUACAGAUUUGGAGAAAUCGAAAGUGUUUGAUGCACUGAAAGACCUUUUUAAAGAUCCAGAUGUUAUGUUGCACAUCGAUGCUCAAAAUUGUUUGUCUGAGCUUGAUAGAAUCGAAAAAGGUGAUUUGUUGUCAAACUCACUUAAAAGCAUAUUUGAAGCUUUGAGUAGACAUUCCGAGGACAUUGUACUCUUACAGAACAUAGCUGACAGAGUAAUGGAAUCUCAAAACAAUCUCAUAACAAGUGUCCGGGGUAUAGAAGAAAGGCAAAAUGAAAUGGAAAGACAUUUGCAAGAGUAUCACGAACGUGUGAUACGUAUGAUAAUGGCGAAAGAAGAAAAUAUUGGAAAUAAAAAGCGAAACGGCAUCAUGUUAUCCUUUUUUUACAUGGCAAUAUUCAUAGCAAUAUUUGGAAUUGUUUUGCAAUUUGGUUUUAACUACAUGUAUUAUGGAUUUAAGGACAAACGAAAGAUUAACGACAAUUCAAGCUACAAAGAUUGUUUAUCAGAAGAAUACACGUAUCCUUUCAAGCAAGACUUGCCUCUACUUGGAUAUAUCUAUGAUAAUGAAACAAUUAUUGGUAGAGAAUGGUUAUAUGAGACAAUGGAAUCGAAACUUAUAUCAUCAAACUCUACUUUCAAGGGAGUGGCAAUGAUAGCAGAUAUGGGUUAUGGUAAAUCAUCGUUUGUCUCACACAUACUUUGUGCAAAAGAAAAGGAGAAGAGUUAUGAGAUUAAAUCCCAUGUUGUAGCAUUUCAUAUUUGUAGGUUUGAUGUAAAAAGUACACAAAGUCCUGCUAUAUUUAUUCGACGGUUAAUUGGUUUUUUAGCAACACGAUAUGAGGAAUACGGAAAUAAAAUUUCCAUAAUGUCUGAUGAUAAUAUAAUAUACAGUCAGGAGUUUUGUGAGAAUGACCCUAUUGCCUGUUUUGACCAAAGUAUUAUUUUCCCAUUUAGGCAGCUGUCCUUUGAUAGUAACAUUCCCUGGAUAUUAAUUAUAGAGGCACUUGACGAAUGUUUUGAAAAAUCCUCCGGCAAAAACCUAAUUUUGGAGUUGUUAUUGGCACGUGUAAGGGAACUACCAAAAUGGUUCAAAGUUUUUGUUACGUCUAGAAACAUUACCGAAUUAUACUUAUUAAAAAAUUUUGAACACGUUCAUUUAAAACCAAAUGACACGAGGAACAUUAGAGAUACCAAAGAGUAUAUACAAGCCAAGUACUCGUCACAUGGCUUGGAAAACAAUGGCAGUGAAAUAGAAAAAAUCAUUAAACUUUGUGAUGGAAAUUUCUUAUUUCUAAUUCAUGCAAUUAAAUUCCGUUUAGAAAAUGGUAACAUUACGUCCUUACCUGACUCAUUGGAAGAAAUUUAUGAAUUAAACUUUGAUCGGCAAUAUGACGAUACUGGUUCGUUUUUAACAUCAAAGGCAAUAUUUGAAAUUGUUUUGGCAUCCUUUAACCUUUUAAGUAAAGAGGACAUUUUUCAUAUUUUGGAAUCAAAUAACAUUACCGACAUAAUACAAUUCGGUACCCACAUGGAGAAGUUGUCAUUUUUUCUCCGGAAUGAUAAUUUUGUUACAAUAUUUCACUAAUCAUUGUACCAAUGGUUGAU